CGGGAAGCGGCCGCGAGGCGCGGGCGACUCGUUGGUCCCGGGAAGAUGGCGGCGCUGGGGCCGGGGCGUUAGGGCGCCUGCAGGCCGCGGCCGUCCGCUCGGCUGGGUGCCCAGGCCGGCCCGGAGCUGGUGACCGACCUCCGCGUGUGACCUUGGCACGUGGGCGCGAUGGACCUGGCUUACAUCUGCGAGUGGGAGAAAUGGCCCAAGAGCACGCACUGCCCGUCGGUGCCCCUGGCCUGCACCUGGUCCUGCCGCAACCUCAUCGCCUUCACCACGGACCUGCGGAGCGAUGACCAGGACCUGACCCGCGUGAUCCACAUCCUGGACACCGAGCACCCCUGGGACGUGCACUCCAUCCGCUCGGAGCACAGCGAGGCCAUCACCUGCCUCGAGUGGGACCAGUCAGGCUCGCGGCUGCUGUCGGCUGACGCCGAUGGGCACAUCAAGUGCUGGAGCAUGGCCGACCACCUGGCCAACAGCUGGGAGAGCCCCGUGGGCAGCCUGGUGGAGGGGGACCCCAUCGUGGCCUUGUCCUGGCUGCACAACGGUGUGAAGCUGGCCCUGCACGUGGAAAAGUCGGGCGCCUCCAGCUUCGGCGAGAAGUUCUCCCGCGUCAAGUUCUCGCCGUCGCUCACGCUGUUCGGGGGCAAGCCCAUGGAGGGCUGGAUCGCAGUGACGGUCAGCGGCCUGGUCACCGUGUCGCUGCUCAAGCCCAGCGGGCAGGUGCUCACCUCCACAGAGAGCCUGUGCCGGCUGCGCGGCCGCGUGGCCCUGGCCGACAUCGCCUUCACGGGCGGCGGCAACAUCGUGGUGGCCACGGCGGACGGCAGCAGCGCGUCGCCGGUGCAGUUCUACAAGGUGUGCGUGAGCGUGGUCAGCGAGAAGUGCCGCAUCGACACGGAGAUCCUGCCCUCGCUCUUCAUGCGCUGCACCACCGACCUCAACCGCCGCGACCGGCUCCCCGCCAUCACCCACCUCAAGUUCCUGGCCCGCGACAUGUCCGAGCAGGUGCUGCUGUGCGCGUCCAGCCAGACGAGCAGCGUGGUGGAGUGCUGGUCGCUGCGCAAGGAGGGGCUGCCCGUGAACAACAUCUUCCAGCAGCUCUCGCCCGCGGUUGGCGACAAACAGCCCACAAUUCUCAAGUGGCGGAUCCUGUCGGCCACCAACGACCUGGACCGUGUGUCGGCCGUGGCGCUGCCCAAGCUGCCCAUCUCUCUCACCAACACUGACCUGAAGGUGGCCAGCGACACCCAGUUCUACCCCGGCCUGGGGCUGGCCCUGGCCUUCCACGACGGCAGUGUCCACAUCGUGCACCGGCUCUCGCUGCAGACCAUGGCCAUCUUCUACAGCUCCGCGACCCCGCGCUCUGCGGACGAGCCGGCCAUCAAGCGCCCUCGGACCACGGGCCCCACUGUCCACUUCAAGGCUAUGCAGCUCUCCUGGACGUCCCUGGCGCUCGUGGGCAUCGACAACCACGGCAGGCUCAGCAUGUUGCGCAUCUCGCCCUCCAUGGGCCACUCGCUGGACGUGGGACUGGCCCUGCGGCACCUGCUCUUCCUGCUGGAGUACUGCAUGGUGACCGGCUAUGACUGGUGGGACAUCCUGCUGCACGUGCAGCCCGGCAUGGUGCAGAGCCUGGUGGAGAAGCUGCACGAGGAGUACACGCGCCAGAAGGCCGAGCUGCAGCAGGUCCUCUCCACCCGGAUCUUGGCCAUGAAGGCCUCGCUUUGCAGGCUGUCGCCCUGCACGGUGACCCGCGUGUGCGACUACCACGCCAAGCUUUUCCUCAUCGCCAUCAGUUCCACGCUCAGGUCGCUGCUGCGCCCGCACGUGCUAAACACUCCCGACAAGAGCCCCGGCGAGCGGCUGACCGAGAUCUGCGCCAAGAUCACGGACGUCGACAUCGACAAGGUCAUGAUCAACCUCAAGACAGAGGAGUUCGUCCUGGACAUGAACACGCUGCAGGCGCUGCAGCAGCUCCUGCAGUGGGUGGGCGACUUCGUGCUCUACCUGCUGGCCAGUCUGCCGAACCAGGGCUCCCCGCUGCGGCCGGGCCACAGCUUCCUGCGGGACGGCGCCUCGCUGGGCACGCUGCGGGAGCUGAUGGUCGUCAUUCGCAUCUGGGGCCUGCUGAAGCCUGGCUGCCUGCCAGUGUACACGGCCACCUCUGACACCCAGGACAGCAUGUCCCUGCUCUUCCGCCUGCUCACCAAGCUCUGGAUCUGCUGCCGUGACGACGGCCCCACGAGCGAGCCGGACGAGGCGCUCGUGGACGAGUGCUGCCUGCUGCCCAGCCAGCUGCUCAUCCCCAGCCUGGACUGGCUGCCUGUCAGCGACGGCCUCGUCAGCCGCCUGCAGCCCAAGCAGCCCCUGCGUCUGCACUUCGGCAAGGCUCCCGCUCUGCCCGGCAGUGCCCCCAGCUUGCAGCUGGACGGCCUCAUCAGGGCGCCGGGCCAGCCCAAGAUGGACCACCUGCGGAGGCUGCACCUGGGCGCCUACCCCACGGAGGCCUGCAAGGCCUGCACCAGGUGUGGCUGCGUCACCAUGCUGCAGUCGCCCAGCAGGACCACGGCCGUGAAGCAGUGGGAGCAGCGCUGGAUCAAGAACUGCCUGUGUGGGGGGCUCUGGUGGCGGGUACCCCGCGGCCACCCCUGAGCACGCCCGGCCCCGGUCGUCUCUUCAUUUUGUUUAUGGUGCCCUUUGCUGUGCAAAAUGUCGGUGGAUUCCGGAUGGAUGUAAAGGAAAGCCACGCUGUCCCGUCGCUGGUGACAGAGCAGCCACGCACCCCGACCUUCCUUCGGUGCGUUAGCGCCACCCUUGAGCUGCGCUUCUGAGGCCUUGCCAGCCGCGCCGGCUCGCCCGUAAGUGACAGGGCGGGCGAGGACGCGGCCGACGGCUGGCUCCCUCAGAGCCUACUGGCGGGUCCCGGCAGGAAGGCCCGGCCGCAUGGCCACCAUGCCAGGUGGAGCCCGCGACGGGCCCGGGCAGAGCCUCGGCCACGGGCCCCCCCCCGGGCCCCCCCGGGCCCCCCGGGCCCAGCAGCCCCAGGCCUGUGUCCUUCAGGAUGUCCCACGAGGACCUGCCGGGCACUCAGUGGCCACCGUCCGUGACGCCAGCUGGGCAUCUGCUUCGCGUUUGUCACCCGCACCUGUCGCUGCCGAGCCCUCGCGGCCGGCCGCCUCCCCCCCGGCAGGCCCCGUGAACGUCCCCCUGGGCGGCAGGCGUCCUGCGGGUGUCCCGGCGCCGUCCCGGCGGCCCCGCCCCGCUCAGGGCCUCCCUCCCGCUGCGCAGGCCUGUGGUCCUGCCCGGUGUGUGUGCUGCUCUCCUGCUCUGUCAGCAUUUAUUGAGCACCUGGUGUCUGCCAGGCACGGGGGGCCCUGCGGGGAGCAGUGGGCUGGACGUGGGGAGGUGCUCCCCGCCGCGGGGGUUUCUGCCCACAGGAGCCUCUCUUUCUGCUUUCUCUCUGCUUCUCUCCCCCUCCCCGCCCCCUCCCGUCCUCCUGCCCCCCUCCCUCCCCCACCCGGGUUUGUGGGAGCUCAGGCCGCGGCCCCCCCGGGUUCCUGCCUACUUUCACGGAUUAUGAGGGGCUCCCCGCGGCCCCGGGCACAGCACCUGCCUGUUAAGUGGUAAUUGCUUCUCUUGUUUUCCUUCUGGAGGCUCGAGGGAGGGCAGGCUGGGCCGGCGCCCCGCGGUCCACACGCGGCCGGCAUCAGGCUUUCAGGGCCGGUGCCACCGCGGGGGGGCCCCAUUACCUGGCCGGUCGCCUGCCGCCUGCCCCUGGCAGCAGCACGCGGCGACGUCCGGGUCCUGCCGUCUAAGUGGUGCUGCCUGCGGGGACGUGUGGGGACCUGGGCUGCUGAGCGGCCGGGAGGGAUGGGGCAGCGCACGCCGACUCCUCCCCCACGUGGCUGCCCCCGCCCCCGCCUUCCUUCCCGGCCCGGGCGGCCUCCCUGGUCCAGGGGCACGGGGUCUGGGUUCCUGCAUAUUUUUUCUCAGUCUUUUACCUCAUUUGACCGUGUAUUUUUUAAGCAACUUGCUUUUCUCAAGCCAUUCUAAAGUCUUUAAACCAGUUACUUGUCUUAGAAAAAUGAACCU